AGGGCAAGAUAGGUGUCCCUAGUAGUAUCUCACUGAUGCCUCCAUAGAGGCAGUUUUGCCAUCAUGGAAUAGUAUAUAAGCCACAUGCCUACCCUCCCAUCCAGACUCAUCUCUCUUCCUCAGAAACAGCCUCUCUCCUCUCAAGAUAUUAAGAACUACAAGAGCAUCCACCAUGUAUCUCACAUACAUCACCCUCAUCACCCUCUUCUCCUCCCUCGCCUCAGCCGCAGCACACUUCCCCCGCGACGGCACUCCCACCACCUUCACAGCCGCCGCAGUUAUCAAUGCCGUGGCCACACCCUCUCCAAUCCAGCCCGGCAUGACCAGCAACUGUGAUUCCUUCCACCUAGUAUCCAGCACCGACACCUGCGUCACCAUUGCCUCCAGCGCCGGUAUCACACUUGCCAAUUUCUACUCGUGGAAUCCGGGUGUUGGCUCCGGCUGCGACACUCUUUGGCUGGGGUACUAUGUCUGUACUGGAGUGAGUGACACUACCACCACUACAACCACAUCUACGACGACGACCUCCACCACCACCACGAGUGUGACCACCCCAUUGCCCACUCAAUCGGGGAUGGUGAGUAACUGCGAUGCCUUCUAUCUUGUUGCCUCUGGGGAUACCUGUACGACAGUGGCGCAGAAGAAGAGUGUGUCAGUGACGGAUAUCAUCGCUUGGAAUCCGGCAGUGGGAACAGGCUGUACUAAUUUGUGGUUGGGGUAUUACAUCUGUGUGGGGGUGUUGUAAGGUUAUGGUCGAUGUGGGAGAUUAUGAUUGAUGUGGUUCUUGACAGGUGUGCGGUUGAUGGUUUGGUAUGUUGAACAUCGUUUUUGGACUUAGUCUAGUAGCUAGGGAUUGAGUAAUAAUGAACUACUUUGUUUGAUCAGCG